UCCAAACCUACAUGAUGGAUACUCGAACGGAGCUCUCAUGGACAUAAGUAUGGCUAGAAUGAUGAAGAACUCGACGAUGAUGACCUUGUUUUCGUUCUUGCUCCUCUCCUUUGGUACGGAGACGUCAUGCGUGUCUUACCAAUGGCACGGCCGCGCUGGCAGAUGCUUGCUGCCGAGAAGAGGCAGCACGAGAUGUCGAAAAUCCCGGAAGAUUGGCUUCUCUCCACGAAAGUUGUGGAAGAGGCGAAGAACAGGAAGGCCAUCACCGGCGGAUAUAUCGAAGGACUUCUUGACCCUGAUAGCCGACGCAUAACGACGCUGGAAAGCAUGGAACUUCUCAAGAGCCUUGGAAAUGGAUCGUUAUCCGCGGUGCAAGUUGUCUCGGCGUUCAGUAAACGAGCAGCCUAUGCACACCAGUUGGGCAACUAUCUACUAGAGAUCGGGUUCGAUGUGGGCUUGGAAAGGGCAAAGCAACUCGAUCAGUACUAUCAGGAGCACGAGAAGCCCAUCGGUCCCCUGCAUGGACUACCUGUUACCCUGAAGGACCAGUUCCAUAUCAAAGGACUGGAGACUUCCAUGGCAUUUGUUGGAUGGAUCGGCACAUUUGAAGGCCAGAAGGGCACUGGCAAGGAGAGGAGCUUCGAGAGUGAACUAAUUCGGGAGUUAUACAGUCUAGGCGCUGUGCCGAUUGGCAAGGCACCAGAGACGAACAACAACAUCAUGGGUUAUGCAUGGAACCCACAUAAUCAGAAACUGUCGACCGGCGGUUCUUCCGGAGGUGUCAUUUUCUCUCUAAGGUUCUACCAACGCGCUACUAAAACUUCCACAGGUGGUUCCAUCUCCAUGCCCGCGUCAAUGAACGGAUUCAAAGGCGUCGCAAACACGGGAGCUGGUCAAAUGAUCAUGCCAACAGUGGCUGGGCUACUGGGGAAUUCUUUACCCAUGCUACAACUCGUCUUCAAGUCAUUGCUCUCGACCAAGCCAUGGCUUUACGAUCCUUAUGUUGUGCCAAUACCGUAUCGAAGCGAUCAAGAAUAUCGUCCGAGCAACGAAAAGAAGCCAACCUUUGGGCUUUUGAUGGACGACGGAACUGUAACGCCGCACCCACCUGUCACAAGGGCUCUUCAUAUUGUGGAACGUGCAUUGAAAGCGGAAGGUUACCAGGUAUUUGACUGGGAUGCACCAUCGGUCAGUGAGACAUCAGCAAUACAUGGGCCAAUUGCCCGUGGAGACGGAACUCCAGAUGUUUGGGAGGCUCUUCAGCUUUCCGGAGAGCCUCCAGUACCACAGAUCCAGCACCUCUUUGACAACGGCAAACUCAAAGAGCCAAUGAAUCUGGUGGAGUAUGAGCAGGUCGUUCUUCAUAUGAAGGAUUACCGUCACAGGUAUCAGGAAUAUUGGGAGUCAACAGUGGAGCUUACAGAUACUGGCCGUCCUAUUGACGCUGUUAUCAUGCCCGUUUCACCAUAUGCAGCCGUGCAACCAGACAAAUUUAUGUACUCCGCAUACAGCAGUUCCAUCAAUGUCCUGGACUACACUUCGAUAACAAUAUCGGUCACUUUCGCCGACGAGAAAGUGGACAUUGUGGGUUCUAGUUUCGAACCCUUGUCAGAGAUUGAUAAAAAGAACAUGGAUGCUUACGACUCUCAUGUUACAGAUGGCGCGCCCGCUUCCAUUCAACUUGUAGGCCCAAUGCUCAGCGAAGAGAGGUUGCUCUCUCUCGCGCAGCUUCUUGCCGACGCGUUGGCGAAGCACAGGUCCUAG